AUGUCCACCAGAACCGCCUUACCUGCGGACCCGUCGUCGCAGACCGGCGCCCUCGACACGUCCAGUCUCAACCCUGCAGAUCCUUCAACUCGUACCGCCGUUCUCGGCGAACCCCUUCCCGAGUCGGUCAACUCGAUGGCUCCGACUCAGAUCGAUGGAGCCGACGUCAACGAGGUACACAUUGAGCGUGAAAUUUUUUUAAGAUUUUCAACCAGGAAACUCACAUUACAAAUCUUUUUGUAAGCUAAAAAUCUUUUCAAAUGAUAACCAAAUGCGCGAAAUUAUAGAUUCGAAUUAUGCUUUUGUAAAGUUUUGAUUAGUUAACAUGUGACCUAGCAACGUGGUGUAGCGGCUAGCAAGGUUGACUGCGAAGCAUAUGUUGAAGGUUCGACUCCGCAUGACGCUAACUUUUUCGCCGAGCUUUUUAGAAAAUUUGUCAUGGCUUGACAAAAAGUGUUCCAAAGAUGUCUGUCAGUCAAAAGAACUGCCCUUUUUUCAGCCGAUCCGCAAGCUGCAGGCGUACCAAGGCGAGCUCCUCCAGCUCUCCGAGGGCAUCCGUCAGCGACUGGCCACCAUCCAGGAGACGGCUCCUCGUUAUCUUCAAGACAUUCAGACGCAGAUUCAACCCAAAGCUGAUGCUCUCAUGGACGCCGUCAAGGACACGGUGUGACUUCUUGAAGGACAUGGGCGCCUAUGAUGGAAAUUCAUGUUUUGAAUCUAAAUAUCCACUUUUAACUAUUUGAAACUUGCUGGUUGUCGAGAAAAAUGGCCAAAUAGUCGGUCAAAGACGAUUUUUUCUUCGAAAAAGACAUUGAACUAAAUUAAAGACAACAAUCCGCUUUGAGACCUUUCUUUUCUGCCUUUUCUAAGGAGUAAAAACCCUAUAGAGGCCACCUAAAUAUUAAUUCUCUAGAGAUCAGUAUUUUGUCCCAUACAGGGGUUGUUUUUCCCUUCUAGGAUCGACUCUGGCCUUCCUAAGUUUCAUACUUUUGAAGUCUGUUAUUUCAGUCUGAGGUUGAAAUUCCCCGAGGCGUCGUCCUGAGGACGUUCAGCUUCGGCGCGGUGAUGCUCGCCGCGGCGGCGUUUGGCAGCAUCGCCAGCGGGUAUCUGCUCGCCCCGGUCCUGUCCAUCUUCCUCGGACGCUUCGCCGCCGGUCUGCUGGCUCUCGUCGCUGUCCCCAUCUACAGUUAUACCACCAUCAAGAAGGUUUGUUUGACUGAAGAAGUUCUGAUUCAGAAGGCUUUGAACCCUCGUUCGGCAGCAUUCAGUUAGGGUGCGGAUUUAUGGAUUGAAAAAGGGUUUUUUUUUGCGAACAUAACUGAGGUCUAAUAAAUACCCUCGGUGAUGUAAAACUUCAAUCUCAUUUAUAUAUUACACGUUGAGAAUAUCUUGAAGAUUUCUUCCUUUUGAAUGAUUUUGAAGAAUUAACAUUUUCCAGCUCCACGACGGCGGAGCAGCGCCUAACGAGCUGAACAACGCGCUGUUGUUGGUCAGCGCCGGCCAUGGCGCCCUGGUCGGCUACGCGCUCAGCUACUCGUACGUCUACGCGUCGCCCCUGCUGCCACUGACCUCGCUGAUCGUGUCGGUGGCCUUGCCCUUGGCCCUGCCCACCAUCGGAAACCACCGUCCGUCGGUUCUGGCCGUCGGCCUCGGCGCUUCGCUUCUGGCGCAUUUCCUGCUCGGCGCCGUCUUCGGACCCUUCAGCCUCGCCUACAUCACCCUCGCCGGCCUCUACACGGCCGUCGCCGGCGUCGUCUUGCAGUUCAUCAUCAAGGUUUGACCGAAAAAAAAACUGUUUCUGGGCUCUUUCCAAAAAUCAUUUUUGACGAGGAAGGUCAUUUAACUUUGCUGCUGGGAAUGCCCUGAAAAUUGGCCAGAAUAACGUUUCAAAGCCCCGAAUACCUCAGGGUUAAGAGUAUGAUCUAAAAUCAGACUGAGAACGACUCUUCGCCCUCGAAACUUUGAAGCCGAAAUUUUAGUUUGAAAGUUUCAAGUAGCUCAUAACACAAAAUUUCAGCAUUUUUAUAGGCGUUCGGAGCACUUUCAAAUUCUGAAUUAUUCACAAAAAAAUAAAUAGUUUUGAGAAGAGGAAAAUGAAAGCAAAAAAUGAAGUUUAUGAUUCAGGAGCCGACGCUGCCCCUCUGGACGUACCAACUUGGUCUGGUUGGCGCCACCCUGGCCGUCAAAUUGGCCUUCUUCGCCGUUUUCUCUUCGGAUCAUGCAGUUUCUCCAUAG